AUGAGACACGAUAAGGAGCAGUAUGCGGACGAUCUCACUGAGCAUACGCGCUUCCAUGCCGGAAUAUCCUCCACCCAUCACGCACUCGAUAAGACAAUUACAUCGUCCACGAUGGCAGCAAAUACUAGGGGCAACUCAAGUAUCAAAGACAGCUCCCAAAAUCUUACAGUCAACAUUGCCGAGUUCAGGAAAGAAAUUGAAUUUCCCCAGCCACCGUCUUCCCGUCCUGGUCAUGCACUAGAGCUGGGGGUCCAUCACCCGCGCCGAAUUUCUAGCAAGACAGAAUUACCGUUAGCUGCCGUUGUACCGUUACACCCAAAACAUACACAGGCUAGCAAUGACCUGCGCGAUAAUUAUCCAAUCCACCAGGGCUGCCAACCAUCCAUCCGUUCAGAUUCGCAACAUGUUCCUAGAUCGCAGUCAAGACUAUAUGCGCCCCAGCCUUCACAACCACGGCCCUUGAUUCUAUUCAACGAUGCCAUCGAACCUCCACAAACUCCGACAGUUUCGUGGCAUAGUAGCGCUAGCGUAGAGGAUAGUGCCCCCAAGAGAAUGCAGUCUGUGAACCUCGCCAACCAAUGUUUCAGAGCCUUCGAUCUCGCAGAUGUGUCUCGAAAGCCGAGUGCCGGGACUUCUCACGACCUGGAACCUACAAGCAGCAGCAGUAGCUACAGCCCUAGUAUCACAUCUUCUUCCAUGCUCGGCCUUUCUCGCAAUACUUCCCACCUAGGAGGAAUUUCAUGCGAUGCGACGAGGAAUUCGGAGAACAAAAAUCACCUUUUGAGCCAGAGCGACGCAAAGGCAGAAAUCCUACGUAGGUUAUGCGAGAAGAAUGAUAUAUUGGCUGGAAAGGUCUCACCCUCCAAGAAAGGUUUUUUGUCCAGAAUGACCACUCCGUCGCCGAAGCCGAUCAAUGGCUACUCCCAGGAGUCUCUAACUGAAGUUCUGGAAGCAGUUGCAAUGGAGGGAAGCUUACCACUUGUUAUGGCAGUCAUUGCACUUGGCGCUGAUCCGAUAUACCGAUCAAGCGGGAGACUCAAGAAAGUAAGACACGACGCGUUGGAGAAGGCUACCUCACAAGGACACGCAAGCGUGGUGGACUACCUGCUCAAGAAAGGUGCCAACUAUGGCGAACCUAUCAAGGGAAGCAGCUGGACAUCUAUGGAGCAUGCGCUUUUGACAGCCGCGUACAAAGGGCAUGCAGAUCUCGUUAUAUGCCUAGUCAAUUCCCAUGGCGCGAAUCCAUUGGUCGAUCAGUGGCCCCGCGAGAUGUUCGAAACGCAGCGUUAUUGGGUGGAGAACCGGGUACGAAUAUCGAAAAGCAGCAUGUUCGACGGCAUAUCGAAAUGGAAGGACGUCUACGAGGGUCUUCGCGUACUAAAGCGAAUCACGCGACAUCCCCUGUUUGACCCCACAGCGUUUGUCUCCGCUGUCUUUGAUAACAAAAGCGAGCUACAAAGUGCCGAGUUUGAAAAUAGACCAUGGAAGAUUACAUACCAGUACUCGGCGCUGUCUUGUUUUGUGAGGGCUGGUUGGACCGAUGCGGUAGAAGAGAUGUUGAGUAUUAAUGGCUCGCCCGCUAGCUACGAGAAGGGAGACGAAGUCCUGCAAUACCAAGAGAAAAUCACUCGUUACGUUUCUCCGGUCAGUGCGCUAACAAAGGAGACGUGGAAGGAGAGACCUGAAGAUGCUAUUCGUAUACUGAAGCUGCUGAUCGAUAGAGGCUUCAACCCCAGCCUCUCGCAACGUACAGCAACCGACAUGGGACGGACAACAGCCAUCGGCAGAGCGCUCGCAGCAGACGCCGCACAAGGGGUUGAACUAAUUCUCCAAACCAACGGUCACCUCGCACGAGAAGAAGUCUUCUUUCGACGUAACAAAAAGGGUAUCAAAGCCCUCCCAUUUGCAGCUGCACUCUCUCUCGACAGUUUGGAAACCGCGCAUGUCCUUCUUCGCGCUGGCGCAAAUCCCCGCGACCCAGCAUUCGAGGAUAUGAACGUUCUGCAGUUCACUGCAUACCAUGAUAACGAUACCUGCAAAGCUAUGCUUGUAGAGCUACUCGGUCUAGCCCCGGAACUAACAUAUGAUGCGCUCAACUAUGCUAUCAGGGGCAAUAACAAAGAUGCAGUAUGCAUACUGCUAGACAAAAUCUCCGCAUCCAUGCUGCAUGGACAAGUCGCUGCUCUACCACCCGCUUACGACAUGAUCCUACUUUGCUCGCCACCUACCACACCGGACUCGGAAACCCGUUAUCUUGACGUAAUCGACAUGAUCACCAAAUGGGAUGCUGAAAAUGCAUUACCGCGCCCUCAACUUCCUGCCAUCUUAUUUGCCAUCCGGAGAGAUAAUUAUGUUGGGAUGCAAAAGCUGUUCACAUUGGGCCUGGUUAAUGGGAAAAGCUUGGCGUUCAACAGUAAAGCACAACCACCGGGUUUCUGA